AUGGUGAAGUUGCUGGGGCGCUUGAGAAAGAAAAAGUCCGCCUAUGUUGACGUGGAUAGUCAUUCAAAAGUCAGCAAUGCUACUGGCGAAACGAAUAAAUCUUUGAAGGAAGGCGAUCGAGGGCAACUGGGUUCGAUGUCGGCCUCAUCUUCUUCACGUCGUUCAAUGUCGACUUUGCAGAAAAGCAAGAUUCCUUGGACAAAGGAUGAGCAAAAGAUUACACAACCACAGAUUGUGCCGACAAAAGGAAACGACGAUCCUAUAGCCGAGAUCGCGACUCGUUUGGCCGCGAAAUCAACUUCCAAGACCGCGGUCGUUCCUCCUCCUCAAGUCAAAAGAAGCUAUCCAAAACAUGCGGCACCACCAUCAAAAACAUUAGCCCGGACACACAGUCUUCCGAAGACAGAAGUACACCCUCCAGAAUUCAAAGAGGCAGCCAAGCCAACCAAAAAGCCUGACGGUAAAUUCGAAGAAGAAGCUCUCAACGCCAAAUACGAUCUCAUUCCAACCAAAGUCCGAAACGCACCAUUCGGUCGAUGUUAUUUUGCGCGACACCGAGAGUCCAAGAAUGUUGUCCUGGUUGCUCUGAUCUUGCAGCAUGUAUUCAAUCGGUUUGAAGGCGAGCAUGGGGAAGUUCAGCUAAUCGAAUUGAUGAAGUCGGCUGACCCAAAUCUGCUUGGGCUACGAGAAAAGAUCCAAUGUGAAGGUUCGGUUGCACUUGUGAUGGAUAUCACAUUGUCUGAAUUCACAAAAAGCCAGACUGUGCCUGUCCACAAUGGAGCUGGAUCCAGAACUUCUGAUCCUAGCAUUGCCCUGGAUGAGGCGGCAGAGAAUGCAAUGGAUCAUCGUGAUGAGGAAGACGAGAUUGAAGAUUUCAUGUCGGAACUGGAUUCAACCUUUCCACCAUUUAUCAAUAAUGCAUCCGACCCACCAGAAGUUGACCCUCGAAACAAAAGCUUAGGCUCAAAAGAUUUCAAAGGUAGGGCGCAGUCUGUGGGACAAGAGAUGCGUGAUUCAUGUGGCAGAGACGAGUCUCUCAGGGGAGAGGCGUUUGUGGUAUCCCACUCAGGUGGAGAAGUCCCGAAACGAAAGACUCAAGAUCGUGAUGACGGGAUGAGGGACGAACCCGAGGAAGCAAUGUUGGAAGAACCUGAGGAACCAAGAAUGCCCUCAUCGCGUCAAAAGGUAAGAUCAAAAUCUUCUCAACGUCAAAGCGAGACAAAGGGAAAAAGUCAUCGACGAAAGAAACCGGGUAACAGCGAAAGACGCCGCAGUCGAACUGUAAGCAGCAGGGGCAGAGGCGAUCGACAAGAAAGGCGGGAUUCCUUGUCGACAUAUUCGUCGUCGGACAACACGAGUGUGGAACCACUUCGACCUGUACCUCCCAAGAAUCUGACAUUUUGGAAGUUAUUGACUUCCUUGGAAAUGGCUGAUUGUAUGCCACUUGCGGCGCUCGACGAAACCAUGGACUACAAUUAUGGCCGUGGUGCUAGGAGAAGAAGGCGAGAUCGAGGCAUUGGCCGCCGCAAUACGUUUGACACUUGUGAAUAA